UUAGGGGCGGUCGACUCGGCCCGGGGGUCCCGUGCGCCCGUUCUUGGGAGGGCUGCCUCUGCCGAACCGGCCAUGGACGAUACCCUGUUCCAGUUGAAGUUCACAGCCAAGCAGCUGGAGAAGUUGGCCAAGAAGGCGGAGAAGGACUCGAAGGCGGAGCAGGCCAAAGUGAAGAAGGCUCUUCAGCAGAAGAACGUGGAGUGUGCCCGUGUAUAUGCCGAGAACGCCAUCCGAAAGAAGAACGAGGGCGUGAACUGGCUCCGCAUGGCGUCCCGCGUGGACGCAGUGGCCUCCAAGGUGCAGACGGCCGUGACCAUGAAGGGGGUGACCAAGAACAUGGCACAGGUGACGAAAGCCCUGGACAGGGCGCUGAGCACCAUGGACCUGCAGAAGGUCUCUGCGGUGAUGGACAGGUUUGAGCAGCAGGUGCAGAACCUCGACGUGCAUACCUCGGUGAUGGAGGACUCCAUGAGCUCGGCCACCACGCUGACCACGCCGCAGGAGCAGGUGGACAGCCUCAUCGUGCAGAUUGCCGAGGAGAACGGCCUGGAGGUCUUGGACCAGCUCAGCCAGCUGCCUGAGGGCGCAUCUGCCGUGGGCGAGAGCUCCGUGCGUAGCCAGGAGGACCAGCUGUCGCGGAGGUUGGCCGCCUUGAGAAACUAGCCGAGUACCCCUGCUGGGCCCU